AUGAACAUCCCAGAAGAACAAAAAGUAAAUUAUGCCACCUCCAUGUUAAGAGAUGAUGCAAAGUUCUGGUGGGAAUCCACACAAAGAACAAUCAAAGGUACAGUCUCAUGGCAACAAUUCAAUCAAGCUUUUUACAACAAGUAUUUCUCUUUGACAAUGAGAUGUCAAAAGGAAGUGGAAUUUCUUAAUCUUCGUCAAGAGAACAUGUCGGUGGCAGAGUAUGAACAAAAAUUUGAUCACUUGUCUCACUCUGUUCCUCGACUAGUGGAUACAGAAGAGAAGAAGGUGGAAAGGUUUAUUUGGGGAUUAAGAGAAGGCAUUCGAGGCAUUGUUACUGCUUUCCGACAUAAAGAGUAUGCCCUUGCCCUCGAGUCGGCCUUACUCAUGGAAGUAGAUCUUGCUGCCAAAACCUCAACUUCGGAAUGA